GCAUCCAGAGAAGGGAAACAAGGCUCUAGGAAACUUGUCCUACAAGGAACGGCUGAGGGAGCUGGGGUUGUUUAGUCUCGAGGAGGGUCGGGGGGACCUCACUGCUCUCUACAACUGCCUGAAAAGGAGGUUUUGGGGGCCAGUCUCUUCUGCCUUGCCUACUGUGACAGGACUAGCGGGAAUGGCCCUAAACUGAGACAGGAGACGUUCAGAUUAGACAUCAGAAAAAUAUUUUCCACCGCUAGGGCGGUCAAGGGCUGGAAUAGAUUUGCCAGGGAGGUGAUGGAGCCGCCAUCCCUGGAAGCGUUCAAGAGGCGUCCGAAAGCAGCGCUGGGUGAUGUGGUUCAGGGCUGACUCUACGGUUCCGCGCAGGCGGCGCCGUGACGGGCGGGCGGGGGCGCCGCGCCUGCGCCGGCGGGAGAGCGGCCGCUUCCGGCGCGGUGCCGGCAUGGCGGCGGCGUUCCUGAUGGAGAUCAGGCGGGCGACGCAGAGCGCGCUGCUGGUUGUCCGCGCGGCGGCGGAGCUCCCCGGCGCGCCGCUGGAGGUGUCGGUGUGCGCGGAUUCCCUGGAAGUGAGGAGCGGCGGGAGCCGCGAUGCGGCGGCGCUGCCGCCAGGGGUCAGCCUGGCGCCGUCCUCGUGCCGCGGGCUCCGGCACCUGCGCGGGGACGGGCUGCAGCUGCGCGUGCGCCUGCGCCGCGCACCGCCCGCCGCCGAUGUGGUUUUUACUUUGAGGGAAAGCCUGAAACCCAACAAGAAUUACAUCUUUUACUGUCAGUCCUGUGGUGACAUCGUAGUGAGCGACCGAAAAUUUCUCAGAGUUCUUCCUCUACCGAGUGAAAACUGGAGUGAUUUAGUUGAAGAGUGGUGUUGUCACCCCGAUCCCUUUGCUAGAAGAACUUUGCACCCUCAGCAUGGUGACUGUUUUGUUGGAGACACUUUUUUUCUGUUGAAUUCAAGAAAUGAAUCACAUGUGCCUGAAUCUUCUGUGUGCUGCUCAGAGGCUGGGCACCAUGUUUCACAGAGUGGCUCCAACUUGAAGUCAAAAGAAAAUACCAGAGUAAUUUGUAAGCGCUGCAAGGCAAUGCUGGGAGAAACAGUUUCAUCAGGUACCAUUAAAUAUUAUGUCACUGAGGUGAUUAUUCAAUCAGCUGAGGGAAGUUUCAGUCCAACACCAAGGUCUCAGUUUGUACAGAGCAUUGUUGCUCAGUGUCUUUUGGAAUUAUCCUCUGCUAAAAGCACAUUUAGAUUCACUAUAAAAGGAGAUAAUGGAAAAACCUAUAUUCUGAUCUGGCUUUUAAAUUCUGACACAUUGCUGGUAGAGUCUUCAGGAAGUUCCUCCUCCCACAGUGAUUUUACACUGUUUGGAGAUAUCCUUACACCUAGCUCUGGACCAGUGGGAACCUGGAAUGCUCUCAAAGUCCUUUACCAGCCAUGCAUUCAAUCCAGAAAUAAGGAGCUUGCUGAUGCAUGGGAAGAUGAUUUAGGAGUUCAUCCUUUAAAGUUUCCAUCAGAAACAUGUUUGGAAUUAUUGUUGAUACUGGGUUUGAGUACCACUUCUCUGCCACCUUCACUUCGAUGCAUGAACUCUUUUCAGGUUGCCUUUUUGAAGAUGUGAAGAAUGAAGAUACCUAUGUUGAAAACUCUUGUUAGAUUUAUUUUCUGCAGAAAUGUGUACAGAUAACUUCCAAUGGUGGUACAAGAAGAUCCCCUGGCAAUACAAUAGAAAAUGGGGUGGGGUGGAUGGGUGUAUUCUUCAUAUCUGAAUGUGUUUCAAAACCAAAGACAGAGUUGACUUUUGUAUCCAGUGCAUUCUUAGAUGUCAUUCUAAGAGUGGCUUACCUGUCACUCCUGUGACAUCCAGCUGGGAUGACUAUUAUGAUGUCUUCACUGCCAAAAGGAAAUUACAUGUGUAUCUUGUACUACACUUACCAGUGUUUGACAGCAAUGUAUAUAUCCUUAGGAAAGUUCACAACUGGUAGCAAAUAUUUUAAAAUGUCAUGGAUACUAAUGUGAGUUCUUUACCUUUGCUGGUGAAGUUAGAGGUCCAACUUUAAAACAUAAAAUCUGUUUUUUGUAAAACUUAUGUUUAUCAUAUAUAUUGUUUCUGAAUUAAGAUUAGCCUCUUUGCUUGAGUGAAGGAAGACAGUUUCUGCAUUCCUACAUCAUAUGAUGUUUUGGAUAAUCAAGGUUUUAUGGUUAUUUGGAAUAAUGAUUAUUAUUUCAAGGGCAUGCCCUUUACUCAUUAAAUGAUCCUAACGUAGGAAGUGAUCCUACAAAGUGUUGGAUACCUCAGUUUUACACAUCCAAAGACAAGGAGCUGAGGCCUCACAGCACCCACUCUGGAUAUAAUUUUUCUGUUAUUAUUUUAGUUUUCAGUAUUGAAGGAAGAACAAAAUUAUUUUGACUUUUGUAUUCAGGGAUGAAAUUAUCUUGCCCCAAGAUAUUUUGUCUAUGCACCAAUGUUGAGUCAUUUUAUAAAUAAAAUAUUUUUCCUGAA